AUGCCUCCCUCGUCUCAGAAAGAGGUUUACGACCAGCUUGCAACACUACUUGCCCCGCCCACUGCCUUCCCCGCAGGCCGAUACCGUCCCAGCUCAGACGUGUCUGAUGGCCUGAAGCGCGUCAGGAGAAUCAUUCUCACCGAGGGCAUACCAGAGGUCGAUGGCCGUCCGUCACUCCGGCCACGGAUCUGGAAGCUCAUGCUCAAGGUCGACCACCUCUCGGCGGAAGAUUACUUGCGAUAUGUGGCAAUGGGUCCGAGUGGAGCGAGCGAGAAGAUCCGAGAUGACACCUUCCGCACACUCAAAACGGACGAGCUAUUCAAAGGGCGAGUGAAGAAUGAGAUGCUUGUUCGUCUCUUGGAAGCGUUCGAGUGGAAACACAUUGGCAUGAACGCUCUCGCUGCUCCCUUCCUCUAUACAAUGCCGACCCAGCUCGAGGCUUUUGCGUGCUUUUCGCGAUUGAUCGAGCGUUGGCUCCCAGAAUACGUACAGACAGACCUGCGCGGGGUUCACCGUGGUGUUGAAAUCCUGGAUCGGUGUCUACGGAUUGUUGACCCCGAGCUCUACGAACACCUCAUGGGAAGGGGAUUGGAAGCCAACCUCUAUGCUUUUGCUUCUGUGCUCACUCUGUGCACAUGUACUCCACCCCUGGAUGAAGUCUUAAAGCUGUGGGACUUCCUCCUCGCGUUUGGCGUUCACCUCAAUGUCCUCUGCGUCAUCGCGCAACUUCUUCUCAUCCGUGAGAAGCUUAUGGAGUCCCAAUCGCCCAUGAAAGUCCUUCGCCAGUUUCCGCCCCUCCAGGCGCGUGCAGUCAUUGGUGUCACCGUCGCGCUCGUGAAGGACAUUCCAGAGGACCUGUACCGCGAGCUUGUGGCACAUCCCUCCCAUGCGAACCCGCCCUAG